UGCACCCUAGAUUGUAUACAUGCAAAAUGCACAUAUAAAACCACACACUAUCAACCAACAACUUAACAACAAGCCAAUAUCUUAAAAUAAGAUAUUGGCGAUAUGUUGAUUUAGGAUAAGGAUAAAUAAGCUACAUAAGUUUCUCAUAAUUAAUUUUUUAGCACAAUAUAAAAAUGAGAUUUUAGCGGAACGAUUAACUAGAAUAUGUUUUAAAAAAUAAAUCAAUUUUGCGGCAUAAGCGACCAUGGAAUCGAAGCAAACGCUCCUGCUGAAUGCGCCCGAGUCGUGCGUAGACGAAAUGUUGUCCGGACUCUGCAGAAUAAACAACGCUUUGUACAAGCUCACAGGGUCGUCCGUAUUGGUUGACGGGCGCAGGGCGAGUGCAGACGCAGGGAGCGUGGCCAUCGUCUCAGGAGGAGGCUCAGGCCACGAGCCUUUCGCUGCUGGCUACGUCGGCCGGGGCAUGUUGGCUGCCGCGGUCGCUGGCUCUGUCUUCGCGUCGCCUCCUGCUGCUACCAUCGAGCGGGCCAUACGGGCCGUGAGUGGCGACAAGACGGGUGGAGUGCUGGUGCUCGUCUACAACUACACAGGCGACCGAAUCAACUUUGGUCGAGCCGUCGAAAGAUGCAGGGACCUUCCUAACAGGGUGGAGAUAUUCAUCGUGCAGGAUGACUCUGCCAUGACGUCACUAGAAGACACGGCGGGACGCAGGGGUCUGUGUGGGGGCAUGCUGCUCAUCAAGAUUGUGGGAGCAUUAGCAGAGCGAGGUGCGUCCUUAGACGAACUCCUGCAAACGUGCGACGACAUCACGAAGCGAAUGGCGACCCUCGGGGUAGCGGCAGGAGGCUGUACCCUUCCAGGGGCAUCUGCUCCGCUCUUCACUGUGCCCCCCGGCAUGCUGGAGCUUGGUCUUGGGGUUCAUGGAGAGGCUGGAGUCGGGUCCUUAACGAAAUCGAGUGCAAAGGAGGUGGUGGCGACAGUGCUGGAGCAUAUGCUCAAUCAUGACUCGCACACUGGACUGCAACUCGCACCCGGGGACCAAGUCGUGGUGCUAAUCAACAACCUGGGCUCCAUGUCGCAUUUGGAGAUGCUCGUUAUCACUAACGAGGUUGCGUCAUUUCUGGAGAUGAAAGGCAUCAUUGUGGAGCGAAUAUACGCAGGUCACUUCAUGACAAGUCUGGACAUGCGAGGGUUCCAUGUUACUCUACUGCACACUUCAGACCACCUCAAUUGGCUGGACCUGUUAGACGCCCCGACAGACGCGCCUGUGUGGCAGCAACCGUGCAGGAUCCCUAAGGGAGGAUCCCUAAGUCUUGAAGAUCUCACUGAAAAACUUGCAUCCACCAGCAUCAAGCAAUUGUCGGCAGUGCAUGUGAGCCCAGCAGCAACGCUCUUCAUCAGGUCUGCUCUGCACGACUUCUGCACCGCAGCGCCCUCCUGGACCGCCCGCCUCAACGAGCUGGACAGUGGCUGUGGCGACGGAGAUUGUGGCUCUACGCUUACCCUCGCCGCCACAACAAUGGCACUCAGUCUGGAUCAGCUGCCGUGUUCUGAACCCAUCAAGCUGCUGGACACUCUUGCUCAGAUGUUAGGAGAGUCCAUGGGGGGAACAUCAGGAGGACUCUAUUCGAUCAUGUUCUCGGUGAUGUCCACCAGUCUAUCAAAAAUAGCAUCCCAAAAUAUGGGAGCAAAGUGCGUGGAGUUAUCCGUUGACGCUUGGCUGUCUGCGCUCAGUGAUGGAGUGGCCGCGGUUAUGAAGUACGGCGGCGCCAAGCCGGGGGACCGAACCAUGCUGGACGCAAUAUGCCCAGCUUUAGCAGCCGCCAAAAAUCAGACAAAUAGUGAAGAAGUUGCAGCAGUUCUCAAGGCGCUCGCAGAUGCUGCUGACGUCGGAGCUAAGGCAACCUCCACCAUGAAGGCGAGAGCUGGUCGCGCCAGCUACGUGCGAGGCGGCGACGCCCGUAAAGAAGACGCUGGGGCUCGAGCCGUGGCCCUCAUACUGGGCAGCCUCGCGCAGACUGCGAAGCAGGAUUCGCAGACAAUAAUUUAAACAGAUUUAUACGCAUUUGAAUUUAUAUAUUAUAUGUUUGAAGGUGAAUAUAAUAUUCAUUUCUCGUUAUACACAAGAAGCUAUUGGUUUUAGUAGAUUGAUGGACAACAAUGUACAAAAAUUGCAUAUGGUCGAUUCAACCGUGAAAAUUUCAGAAAAUUCUAUGUCACUGUGGAACUGACAUAAAACGCUCCCGAUUAAUAUGACGGUACUUUUGCAGGUUAAAUGUUGUUCACUCGUCACAGGUUUCAGGUAAAACAUCCAUGUCUUUUUAAUUUUAAAAAUAAACUAGCAGACAAAAAAUAUGUUAUUGGCACAUGAUUCUCGAGUAUUU